CAGAGUUUGGAUUCUGGAACUUUCCUUCGGCUUGAAGGGUACAAAUUUUUACGGCCGUACGACUCUUUGACUUCGUCUAUUGUUCCCUUCGAUUUUCUAAGAUUUAGGGUUCUUCCUGCGUUUCCCCGGGGUUAGGAGCGUCCAAUCGAUUUGUUUCGCAUAAGAGGGAAUUUGAAAUUUGAUGUUCUCAUAAGAUCAAGAGAUGGUGAAUGGAGAGUCCACAAGCAUACCUUCCGAGAGCUCGUCUUGCUCGAGUAAUAACACAAACGAUCAGGGAGGCUUUGAGUGUAACAUCUGCUUCGAAUUAGCUCAAGACCCCAUUAUCACUCUCUGUGGCCACCUCUUCUGCUGGCCGUGCCUCUACCGUUGGCUUCACCAUCACUCGCAUUCCCAGGAAUGCCCAGUUUGCAAAGCCCUAGUCCAAGAGGAUAAACUCGUCCCCCUCUAUGGAAGAGGUAAAAACCAGACUGACCCGAGAUCGAAAUCAUACCCGGGCAUGCAAAUUCCAAGCAGACCGACUGGUCAAAGACCAGAAACAGCUCCCCCUCCUCCUCCUCGACAUGAGCCGAAUAGCUUUUUCGGUGCUGGGAUUGGCUCGAUGGGCGGGUUUAUGCCCAUGGCAAGCACCAGUAUAGGGAAUUUUACCAUGGGGAUUGGAGGGUUGUGGCCAUCUUUAUUCAACUUCCAGUUCCACGGAUUUCCCGAUGCCACUUUCUUUGGCUCAACAAUGGGGCACCCUUUCGGUGGUUUCCACAAUGACUUCCAUGGCGGCCAUGCUCAUGGAUUUCCCAGCCGUAAUAACCCAAUGGCAAAUGGUGGACAUCAGGCAGAUGCAGCUCUCAAGAAUCUGUUCAUAAUAAUUGGUGUCUGCGUACUAAUCGCUUUGCUGUCCUGGUAAUCAGAUUUCUCAUUCCAUCAGCCUGUAAAUGUGUUCUACUGUUUAUAGUUGAGUCAGUGGAUGUUUUCUUUAUAUCUUUCAAACAGGUAUCUCUAUCUAUAAGCUGUUCUGCAACUCUCGUUUUCAUGAUUUUCAUGUCAUUUUUUUUUUCUAUCUUCAUUAAUAAUCAGUUGUUACAUAUCGUGGUUUAGUGUAUGUCAUAUGGAUAUUGAUUAUUA